GCCGCGGAGCCGCAGGCUUCUGGGGGUCCUCGGCCCCCAGUGUGUCUGCUGGUGCUGGGAAUGGCGGGAUCCGGGAAAACUACCUUUGUGCAGAGGCUUACGGGACACCUGCAUAGCAAAGGCUCCCCACCUUAUGUGAUCAACCUGGACCCAGCUGUGCAUGAAGUCCCCUUUCCUGCCAACAUUGAUAUUCGUGACACUGUGAAGUAUAAAGAAGUCAUGAAACAAUAUGGACUUGGGCCCAAUGGUGGCAUAGUGACCUCACUCAAUCUCUUUGCUACCAGAUUUGAUCAGGUAAUGAAAUUUAUCGAGAAGGCCCAGAACAUGUCUAAAUAUGUCUUGAUUGACACACCCGGACAGAUUGAAGUAUUUACCUGGUCAGCUUCUGGCACAAUCAUCACUGAGGCCCUGGCAUCCUCAUUUCCAACAAUUGUCAUAUAUGUAAUGGACACAUCACGAAGUACCAACCCUGUGACCUUCAUGUCCAAUAUGCUCUAUGCCUGCAGCAUCUUGUACAAAACCAAGCUGCCUUUCAUUGUGGUCAUGAAUAAAACUGACAUCAUUGAUCACAGCUUUGCAGUGGAAUGGAUGCAGGAUUUUGAGGCUUUCCAAGAUGCCUUGAAUCAAGAGACUACCUACGUCAGUAACCUGACUCGUUCAAUGAGCCUGGUGUUAGAUGAGUUUUACAGCUCACUCAGGGUGGUGGGUGUCUCUGCUGUUCUGGGUACUGGCUUAGAUGAACUCUUUGUUCAAGUCACCAGUGCUGCAGAAGAAUAUGAAAGGGAGUAUCGUCCUGAAUAUGAACGUUUGAAGAAAUCACUGGCUAGUGCACAGAGCCAACAGCAGAAAGAACAACUGGAACGCCUUCAGAAAGAUAUGGGCUCCGUAGCCUUGGACACGGGAACUGCAAAAGAUAGCUUAUCUCCUGUGCUGGACCCUUCUCAAUUGAUCCUGACUCGAGGAACCUUGGAUGAAGAGGAUGAGGAAGCAGAGAGUGAUACUGAUGACAUUGACCACAGAGUUACAGAGGAAAGCCGUGAAGAGCCAGCAUUCCAGAAUUUUAUGCAAGAAUCAAUGGCACAAUACUGGAAGAGAAACAACCAAUAGGACAUUUUAGGAAACUUCACUUGUUUCUAGAAGUCCAAAAUUUUGGAGCUCCAUGUGAAAGAACUAUCCUUACCUCUGAUAGGGGGCUACUAUAAAGGUUAAUUUUCUUCAGAGUAGCAGAGUUUCUUAUUAGGGAAAUCUCCUGACUCCGUUGAAGUCAGUGAUAGAAGACCCUUGGAUCUGACUCUGUCUUGGCUGUUCCACUGUACGUAUGCAAGUACAGAUAAUAUUGACUGUUCUAGGAAGCUAAUAUCCCUUCAGGCCUACAACUUCAAGUUUUAUUAUAUGAACUCAAGUACUUUUGCUGCCGAUGGAUAGAAUAGAGAACUUACUCUCCCGGUGACCACUUCAAAUCUCUAUUAUAGGCUGGAUAUAUAUAGCCUCUACUUCCUCCGCAUCUUGCCCUUGACUCUGUACCAUGAGUUACCCUUCUAUUAGCAGAAAGGGAGAGGGAAAAUUUGAGCUUGUCCAGAGUGGCAGUGGAGUCUCCUUAGCAACCAUUCAAUGUUGGUAUGAAAUAUACCUCACACUGGGUAGCUCACCAUAGGACACCAGGUUUGUUGAAGAAAGUGGGCAAAAAAAACUUAUGAGUAAGAAUCCUGUCUCAAUGGUGACUUGGGUAAAGAGUUUUUAGCUUUGUUGUAAGCCUGCCUGUCAUGAUUUCAAAUUAGAAAUUAUGUAAAUCACAAACAGGUUCAUUUCUCCCAUUCAACAGAGAGGCUUAAAGCCACGUGUCCAAA